AUGAUUCCCACAUUCACGUUUCCAUUUCAUUUGGCACAGCCAUGCUGCCAGUUUCCAACUGUCCCGGAUCUCAUCAGCUCCCCGGUCGGACUCGAGUCAAUGCCACAUCGGCACACACGAAAUCAGGUGAUCACAUUUCUUUUAUGCAAGACGACUGGUAGACUGGGAAGCUUUGUUGUCUCGAAGCCUACAGUUUUGACCCAACCGGCUUGGAUUGUGUUCCGCAAUUUUGCGUUUCAGCCCGUGUUGACUCUUAAUCUUAAGCCUCUUAUGGUCGGAAGUGAAGACGACCGGCUAGAACAAGGUGGCUUGACCUCUCAUUCGCGUGAUCCUAUCUUCAUUCUGCAUCGGAAUGUUGACUUGGUACCGAUCGCGUAA